AUGCUUCCGGCUACACGAAAUUCUGCGCACGGUGCUCCGGCGAGCCACUGCUUCGAUGCUGCGGCAGGUGUGACCAGCAACGCGUCGACAGAGUGGUCCGCAGGCUGCCUCGCCGCAGACGCCGGCUCACCGCGGGUCACCGUCUGCUUUACCCCUGACGACGGGAAGCGCAUUAUGACCACCGCUUCCGCUAGUAUCCUGUUUCCGAUAGAGCCAUCUGGUGGGCGCCCGCUCUCUUAUGCCUGUACUGCCCCUACAUUCCCGAGCAUCAGCUGCGGCUCGUCGUCGUCGAAGAUCACGACCGAGAACCAAUGGUUCGGCCGCAGCGGCGGCGGGUCGAGACCUCAGCCACCACCGCAUCAGUCACAGGCCUCCCGUUCGAACAGCUCCACGUCGGCGUACUCCACCAUCCAUGGCGGGCCCGGCGGCGAGGCCUACAAGACAGCGGAUGAAGCCGCAUCCGCAGCGGCGUCGGAAGUAGAAGCAUGUGGGGACAACGCGGGAAAUGCGCAGUGCGGCGACCCUUGGGACACGGACCCAUCCGCCGUGGAUCUGCUGCUGCUGCUGAGGGGGGCGCCGUCCACCAACGAGAUGGCCGGCCAGCCCGCCUACGAGACGACGUUAGGCCCACGUGUCAAGCAGCGAGAAACCGACCAGGGCCCGGACCGACCAGCCCAGAGUCCCGCAAUCACCCUCCUCGGGCCGCAGCAGCAGCCGCGCACAGGUCCACUCCACCCGGUGCCGCCCUCUCCCCCGGGAGUGUCAGCCACACCAGGCCACAAGGGAGGCACCACAAGACAGCCCCCACCGCAGGACGCCCGCCGCCCGAAGCCACUACCGCACCAGGGGAGCAGUCGCAGCGCCCCGGUAUCCUCCAGGACCCAGCAACAACCAGUCCCAACACCCCAUGGUUCCAGCAGCAGUGGCAGUGGCAAUCCCUCAACCCCGACUCCCGCCACCAGAGAUCACGACCCGGUGUUCAGGCAAGCGUCAGCGGCCACUGACCAGAGUCAUCCACCACCAUGGUCGCCCACCUCCGGGAACGCCCCCGCCGGGGUCGUCGCCGUCAAGCGCAGCAUCCACGCAGGGGUUAAGGCGCUCCCCCCAGGGUCAGCGCGGCGCCCAAGGCACAGCAGCCACCGCAACGAAGCUCCGCCCCAGAAUGGCUCCGACCAUGCCCUCCAGCCACCCAGAGCACCACCACCCGCGGACAGCCUCCCAAGCUACCCCUGUGACAUUCCCCGAAAGUCUGAGGAGAAGAGGGGAAGACCGGCAGCACCACCCACAAAAAUCAACGGAGCACCCUCCAAGGGAAUCUCCCCAACCCCGCCCAAAACCGACAACGCUCAGCGGCAGGACAAUCAACGGCAAGACCGACCAGAGCGCAAUAGUCAGUGCCGACCCCCCGAGGAGCUGGUUGCGCGCUGGACGACACGUAAUGAGCUCAGACAUUUAGACUGA